GUUGAAGAUCUUCCAGAUGGCAGAUGCGCUAGCAUACUCAGAGCUCGGAGGGAGAAAAAUAUAGGAUGAAUAAAAGAAAUGGCGUCCCGUCCACGUCUCUCCUGUGCAGAUAUGCGCGAGUACAUUCAGGUGCAGGCUGCGUCUCAGUUGAGGAGGUAAAGCCGCAGGUAAAGGAGACUGGAAACGAUGUCGGGAAGAGGCUACGUCGAAGACAAGGUCGAUGAAUAUAGGCAAAUCAAACAGGAGGCGGAAACUUAUAUCGAUAUAUAUGCACCUAAUGCAAAAAAAAAUAAUUUCCACCAGGCUGACCUCCACAUUUGUACAAGUCGCAAAUAAUUAAAAUAAUCUCUUGAGCAACUUAGACAAAAAUACAAAGCGGUCGGUGAUACCGCUAAAUCAAAUUGAAUACGGUUACCAACGAACAUGAGUUUGUUCGCUUUUAGCAAGGCCUGUUAUUUACCUGAUCUAACUGUUGCUAGUGUGGUUAAGUGAGUGAUCCCUAAUUUAUGUAGGUUCUCUUCGUCAGUAGCUCCACUUCACGCUGAGCAGGCAUGUAAUACCCUUGCAGGUCGUCGCACUUGCUUUCAGGGCCCUACAUUGUUAGGCUGUGCCUUAGUUGUUGUUCUUACAGAGGCUAUCGGCGUAUAGUUCUCUCAGAUAGUCUUAGGGGUUGGCCGUUGGCUUACGGUCUCGUUCUCCCCCGGUAUGUAAGUAUGUAAUAAGGAAGUUCUUAGUUGAUUGUUCAUUUUGGAGGCAGCAUGUAGUUCUAUGGAAAAGAAAAGGGGUUUGGCCGUUGUGACACGGUCUUCUUGCUCCCCCGGUAUGUAAGUUGUUAAAUGAGGUUAUUUAAGUAGUUGAAUGGGAGGCAGCAUGUAGU